AUGACUGCCUCAACCCUGCCAUCAUCUUCCGAACUUCAUUGGGAUUACGACUUAUACAUGAGUUAUAGUACUGGUGGAGACACCCGCAAGACCUUCGUUGAUCCCCUCUGCUCUGCCUUGGUACGGGCCGGAAUUCACAUCUGUUGGGAUGACAUUGAGCUUGUAAGGGGGGAGGAAAUCUCUAGUAAACUACAUGAUGCUAUUCAAGGAUCAAGGAUCUCCAUUGUGGUUUUUUCCGAAAGCUAUGCUUCUUCCAGGUGCUGCCUUGAUGAGCUUGUGGAGAUCCUGCACUGUAAGAAAACCAAAGGCUGCUUUCUUCUUCCAAUAUUUUAUCACGUGGAUCCCUCUAAUAUCAGAAAGCAGAGUACUGGAACUUUUGCUGAAGCAUUUGCAAGGCAUGAAGAGUGGUUUGGGAGGGACAUGGAACGGGUGCAGCGGUGGAGGGAAGCUCUUGUGGAAGUUGCGAAUAUUCCGGGCUGGGAUACCAGCGAUGAAAAUGGGAUUGAUGAGUCCAUGCUCGUUGAGAAAGUCGUUUCUAAAGUUCUUGAUGUGAUGAAUGCCGUUCGCUCGGAUGUUGCCAUGCACCCAAGAAUAGAGGAUUCUCCUGUUGAAGAGAUAAAAACUUUACUAAGUCUUGGAACAAGUGAUGAUGUUCGCAUUGUGGGCAUCUAUGGAAUGGCCGGCAUAGGCAAGACAUCCUUAGCAACAGCUGUUUAUAACCAAGUGCAUGCUGGAUUUGAAGGGAGCAGUUUUUUAUCAAACAUUAGAGAAAUUUCAAAAGAGCCUAAUGUUUUGGCUUAUUUACAAGAACAACUUCUUUCUGAUAUCUUAGUAACGAAGAAUUUGAAGAUUGACAAUGUUGUUAAAGGAAUCAUUUUGAUGAAGAAAAAACUUAAAUGCAAAAGGGUUCUUGUUGUUCUUGAUGAUGUGGAUCACUUGAUACAACUAGAGGUAUUAGCUGGAUGUUCCAAAUGGUUUGGCCCCGGAAGUAGAGUCAUUGCAACAACUAGAGACGGAUGUUUGCUAAACCAAAUGCAGGUAAAUGCAAAAUAUAGAGUUGAAGCGCGGAUUCAUUUGGAGUCUCUUCCACUUUUUGGUCGGACUGCUUCCAAUAUUCCCCCUCUAAUAGAAGAUAUCCAUGAGCUCAUGAUUGCUGAAGCUGCAAAAUACCAUUCUGGCUGGCAUCUCAAGAGUGCAGCAACUGGAGGUAAAGACAUCCGUAAGACAUUCCUCGGUCACCUCAAAUCUGCCUUGGAGCUAGCCGGAAUUCGUGUCUUCCUAGACUGUGAAAAGCUCGAAAGAGGUGAGAACAUCCCUACCGGAUUGCUCAAAGCUAUUGGAGGAUCAAGGAUUUCCAUUGUAGUUUUCUCCAAAGGCUAUGCUUAUUCCAAGUGGUGCCUUAAUGAGCUUGUGGAGAUCCUGCAUUGUACAAAAACCAACGGCCACUCUCUCAUUCCAAUAUUUCACAUUGUGAAACCAACGCAUGUACGGCACCAGACUGGAGAAUUUGGCCAAGCAUUUGUUUUGCAUGAAAACGAUUCUCUAGUGGAUGCGGAGAGGGUACGUAGUUGGAGAGAAACUCUUACAGACUGUUCGGGCCGGGAUCUUGAAAGUUAUGCAAAUGGAUACGAAGCAGUGUUGAUUGCGAAGGUUCUUGAAGAUAUUUUGUGUAAAGUGAGCGUAGUGGGAAUAGAUUCUUCCACAAAAACGAUUAAAGAUUUAUUGAAGCUUGGAACAACCGAAGUUCGUACCGUGGGCAUCUAUGGGAAGGCUGGAAUGGGAAAAACAACCUUAGCAAAAGUCUUCUAUAAACAAAUCUGUGAUAGAUUUGACGGCAGUAGUUUUCUUAGAAACAUUGAAGAAAUUUCAAAACAGCCUGAUGGAGAAAUUCAGAAACGUCUUCUUCGUGAUAUCUUGAAAAUGGAGAAUUUGAAGAUCGGCAACAUUCAUGAAGGAAUCGAUUCGAUUAAAGAAAGUCUGCAAGGCAAAAAAGUUCUUGUUCUUGAUAAGGUGAAUCACAUGAAACAACUACAUGCAUUAGCUGGAAAUUCUGAGUGGCUUGGUCCAGGAAGUAGAAUCCUUGCAACAACUAGAGAUGAAGUAUUGCUAACUCGACUGGGCGUGCAUGGAAAAUUUCAGGUUGAAGAAUUGAAUUACUGGACGGUUGAUACAAGAGAAGGUUACCUAGAGCUUUCGAUUCGUGCGGUGGAGCAUGCUGGCGGAGUUCCAUUAGCACUUAAGGCUUUGGGUUCUUUUCUACUAGGAAGAAGUAUUGAUGUGUGGAAAAGAGUAUUAGAAUAUUUAGAGAACAAGUCGUCACAAGGAGAUCCCUUGCGAUGA